UAUAUCCUCUCUCAUGAACGACCCGUGGCGCCUGGGGUCCAGAAAAACGCACCCCCUCGUGUGCGGGCGUGGAAGAGAGAGCGCCGGGCGGGCGCGGGCGCGCCGACGCGGCCGGGCGAGCAGAGAGGGGCCGCUAUCUCGGGGCGAGCGAGGUCGCGGCGCGGCGGCGGUGGGGGGCGGGGCGAGGGCGGGCAGAGCGCAGUCGUGCGGCGGCCAGCAGGGGCAUCCAGAUCCACGCCACUGGCCGAAGGGCAGCUCACUCCGCGCCUCCGGCGCCGCCUCCGCGCCGAGACUCCCGACGCCGAUGCGGACACGCAGGGGCCUGCUCGCCUCCGCCCCACUGAGCAGCCACGCAUGGAGAACGCGGGUUUCGAGCGGGACGACGUGCGUCGAGGGUGCUGUAGUCCGGGCAGCGCCGGGGUCGGGGUCGGAGGCGGCGGCGGCAGCAGCAGCAGCACCGUGGAGAUGAGCGAGGUGCCAGCGGCGGCGGCGGUGACGGCGGCGGGCGCCGGGUCGCUGUCCGCAUCGCCCCCGCCCUCCCCGCUCCACGCAAUCGCACCCCCGCAGCACGCCAUCAACGGCAACGGCGUGCUCACGUGCUCCGAGCACUGCACCUCGCUGCACAUGCAGCACCAGAAGUACUACCGCGAGAAGGGCGAGCCCCCGGCCCCGGAGAGCCCUUGGCACCACCUGAAAACCAUCUUCCUCGUGGGGACGCUCGUCUUUCUGGCGCUAUGGGUGCUCGUCUACACGCUGCUCAGCCAGCUGUCAGUGCUGUGAGUACGUCACCACUCGUCGGGGCUACUCGGCCGGCUUCGACCGGCCUCGGAAGACAUCGGCAGGCGUCGGCUCACGCCGGAGCACCUCGUGAAGCGUCGCCCGACUUCGGUGCAGGGCGGAGGGUGCCUUCGUGAGAAGGGCUCCGACGGAAGUUAAAGGAUUUCGGCGGAGAAUUUUUCUCGUCUGAUGGAAGUACGCUUCGCUUAACAAGGGGACCACCUCGUGCUCGAAAACGGACUCGAAACUAUUUCCAGUAUUCGAUAUCCUUUUGUCAACCAUGAAACUCACGAGUAAUGUCUCCUUUCAACAUUCAUUUAUUUCUCAAUUUAUUAUAUUUUUUUGGAAUUUUUUAUCUUCGAUACUUAUUUAAAAACGCUCUAGUAGAAAUGGUUGAGAUCAAAUAAACUAAAAGUGAUAUCAGAUAUAUGGAUUUUUUAAAAAGUUCAUCACUGACUUAAAUGCACAAAGAACUUUAAUUUCUUGGCUUCUUUGUUUAUUCUAAAUUGAAACUUGCGUUUCUUGUGAUGAACUAAUAGAAAGACAAUACUUGUUAAGAAUAUAAAAUGUGAUCGAGCCCAAAUAAAGGUAUCUAUUUUAUUCUUCGUUAAGCACAUCUAUAGUGAUUACACGCAGAAGUAUAUAAGUAUGUUGUAUAAAAUUAAGUUUUAAAUAAAUAAUAU